UUUAGUUUUGCCAAAUCACUUUCAAAAUAUCAUAUUCUUUUGGGCAUUGUGUUACGAAAUUGGUUUCGGGUCUGGUUUGGAACGGGUUAUAGACUGUUAGGCCGUCAGGCCCUUUUUGGUCCAACUUUUGAACAUGCUAAACAUCGUUAUGUCCAAAACUGGAUGUCACUUAUCUUAACGGAUGAGUAUAAUACUAACGAAGAAUCUAACCAGGUAAUAUGAAUAGGAAGGGCGAAAUCUUAUCUGGUAAGUGAAGGUGAAGACUUGUCCUGUAAGGAUUUAUCGGAUAAAAAACGGUUACCUACAACCAAUUUUGAUGAUCGAUCAAUGUAAUUUAAAAAAUAACAAAAGUAAUUAUUAAAGUUUAACACUUAGCAGCAUGCCAAAAAAGUUAACGUCGUCGUUUGUCUUUAACAAAAAGAUUGUAAGGUACUUCUGUUUUCUGUUAAGUUGGGGGGAUCAUUAUUGGAUUAUUGUCAAUCUCAAAGGAUCUGAGUGAAAUUAUACAGUAGUAAUAUUAUUGCUCGCUGAAACCAAACCCUAACUACCAAAACCUCCAUGGAAGCAGAGCUGUGAAACACAAAAAUGAUAUUCAGAAAAUUACGUCCAUCAAAGCUCAAGAAUCUCCUUCCUCUCUCCCAUUUCACUACCUACACGUACAAAAAACCUGUAUCUAACUCCAAUUUCACUACCAUCAUAAAUCCCCACAAAAUAUCGAGUCUUUUAAACCCUACUAAAACCCUAGCAACCCAAAACCCCCUUUUCAGAUCCUUUUCUUCAAAUCACACAUUGGUUCCACCUCUUCCCAUCACCAGAGAUGGAAAUUACGAUGAAUCAACCUCCGAAACCCUUAGAAUUUGCCCUGGAUGUGGAAUCCCAAUGCAAGAUUCCGAUCCUAAACAACCUGGCUUUUUCAUCACACCCUCCAUCAAAGGUUCAAAUUACAAAUUACCCAUUGAUAAAAACCCAUUAGCAGAGGAAACCCACAUUCCAGAGUCUCUUAAAAAGGGCUUUUUGGUUGAAUCUGACGAAGACCCUAAAAAUCCUAGCCCUAAAUCGCCCAAAAGGCCGGUUGUUUGUGCGAGGUGCCACAGCUUGAGGAAUUACGGAAGGGUCAGGGAUCAAACCGUCGAAAACUUGUUGCCUGAUUUCGAUUUUGAUCAUACUGUUGGAAAAAGGUUGAAUCAGGUUUCAGGUACAAGAACCGUUGUAAUUGUGGUUGUAGAUGCUGUAGAUUUUGAUGGUUCAUUUCCUAAAAAAGUUGCAGAAUCAAUUUCGAAUACAAUAGAUGUUCAUUCUAGAGCUUGGAAAGAAGGGAAGUCAGGGAAUUUGCCUAGAUUGGUGUUAGUCGUUACAAAGAUCGAUUUAUUGCCUACAUCAUUGUCACCAACCGGUUUCGAACACUGGGUUAGGACCAGGGCCAGAGAAGGAGGAGCCAACAAAUUGACCAAAGUUCAUUUGGUGAGUGCCGUCAAAGACUGGGGAUUGAAGGAUCUUGCAGAUGAUAUGGUGUCGUUGGCUGGACCAAGAGGGCAUGUUUGGGUCAUAGGGGCGCAAAAUGCAGGCAAAUCGACGCUGAUUAAUGCAAUGGGAAAGUCUGUAGGAGGGAAAAUGAGUGUUUUGACUGAGGCUCCUGUCCCUGGGACUACAUUGGGGAUCGUUAGGGUGGAGGGCGUGCUUACUGGCCAAGCAAAGUUGUUCGAUACACCAGGGUUACUGCACCCACAUCAGAUUACCACACGCUUGACUGCAGAAGAACGGAAAUUGGUUCAGAUCAGCAAGGAAUUGAAACCGCGGACCUAUAGGAUCAAAGCUGGGCAUUCUGUUCAUAUCGGUGGCCUCAUGAGGCUCGACAUCGAAGAAUCAUCAGUGGAUUCGUUAUAUGUUACCGUGUGGGCGUCUCCUCAUCUUCCAUUGCAUAUGGGCAAAACAGAGAAGGCAUCAACAAUGGUGGAAGAUCAUUUUGGUCAUCAAUUGCAGCCACCGAUCGGGAAGCAUCGAGUGGAGGAGCUUGGAAGAUGGGUAAGGAAGGAAUUUCGUGUGACUGGGAACUGGUGGGACUCGAGUUGUGUCGACAUUGCUGCUGCUGGUCUUGGUUGGUUCGCCAUCGGACUAAAAGGAGAGGCUGUGGUUGGUGUUUGGACAUAUGAUGGCAUUGAUGUCACCCUUCGCAAAGCUUUGAUCCCUCACCGAUCACACAAUUUUGAAGUCACGGGGUUCACCGUCUCGAAAAUUGUGUCGAAAGCGGAUAAAUCUCUGAACAAGCAACGCCAUAAUGAGAAGAAGAAAGUUGAUGUUCCAGAAACAGAAGCCACAACUGCUGCAUUAUGAGUUAUUACAACUUGACUCCAUCUUCCAAAGGAUCAUUAAGCCAUUUCUUGACAAUUUCAAGCAAACAUGUAAAGAUCAGUUAUUUCACUUUUUUUAAGUGGGCGUUUGGUUCGCGGAGUGUUUUGGAAUGAAGAUAAUGUGUCGAAUGAAUUGGAAUUAAACUGAAUCACGUUUUGACCUC